AUGGGUCUUGGAGUACUGGACGAUAGAAAGCUGGCGCAUGUUCCAGGUAAGGAUGCCGUGCAGUCUUGUUCUGACUACCGAAUCCAAGAUGGCUCAUCGCAAAUUCACUCAGGCACCUCCGAUAUCUACGAACAAAGCAGGAAUGCAGGCGAACAGAGCCCUGGCACUUCAGGCCUCAAAUGCGACUGGUCUGGCAAACAGCCAAUCAUCCUCGUUCCCCAACCGAGCGAUGACCCAAAUGACCCAUUAAAUUGGCCAUUAUGGCGACGCGAUCUGAUCCUCGCCAUCCUCUCGUUUGUGACCGUCCUUUGCACAACCUUGAGUUCCAUCUUGGCUGCAAAUACAGUCACAAUUGCCGACUAUGAGGAGAUCACGUUCACGGCCGCUGCACUGUUGACAGGAUAUCACCUAUGCGGUGUUGGUGUAGCGGGGAUUUUGAUCGUGCCAACGGCUCGAGUCUGGGGUAAACGUCAUCUGUUCCUGAUCGGGCAUGUCUUGAUGAUUGUUAGCUGUGCUUGGGCUGGCGCCAGCGGGAAGAAUACAAAUAGUCUGCUCUGGGCACGGAUCUUUCAAGGAGUUGCAUUGGCGCCUUUCGAGGCUUUGGUUAAUGCCUGUGUUGGGGAUCUUUAUUUCGUCCAUGAACGUGGAAAGAGAAUGGCAGUGUCAAAUGUGGCACUCUUUGGGGCGGCCUUCUUAACCCCUGUCGUGGUUGGCAAGAUCACCAAGUCCAUGGGAUGGCAGUGGUCUUUCUACUUUUUGGCAAUCUUCCUUGGUGCUUCGCUGCCGCUGAUGUUCUUCUUCGUGCCUGAAACUGCUUUCCGGCGUGCUGAUUACUUGAACACGGACUUCAAGUGCAGUGGUGGCCAUGAGGGGUCUUCCGAGUCUCAUGCGUCACUGGGCGAGGUUGCCGAUGAUACAAAGCAGCUAAGACCAGACUCAAAUGGGUUAAAUGGAACUUCGAAAAUCGAGACCGUGACAACAGUUCCUCAAAAAGACUCGUUCACCAAAUCACUCAGACUCUUCAACGGACGAAAGACAGAUGAAAACUUCUUCAAGCUACUUCUUCGUCCUUUCCCGUUGUUUUUCCACCCGGGCAUUCUUUGGGCGUGCCUGAUCCAAGGCGUUGUCAUCGGCUGGUCUGUCUUUGUCGGGGUUGUUCUGGCGAUUGUGUUCCUCGGACCUCCAAUGUGGUUCGAAGAAGACAAGACCGGAUACCUUUACACAGGUCCCUUUAUUGGUUCCAUGAUCGGCCUUGUUCUCUCUGGUCUGUUAUCUGACUCGAUAAAUAAGCUGAUGAUCAGGCUUAACCACGGCAAAUACGAGCCAGAGUUCCGUAUUCUGUUGGUUAUCUUCCUGCUCAUUUUCUCUGGCAUCGGGCUAUACGGGUUCGGAUGGACCGCGAAUAAUGUAAUGCGAUAUGACUGGCUACUCCCGGACGUCUUUUUCGCACUCUUGAUCGUUGGAAUGGUCAUGGGGGCAGUUGCCGCAUCGCUUUACAUCGUUGAUGCCCAUCGUGAGAUUGCCAUUGAGGCAUUUACCUGCAUGUUGAUUUUCAAGAACAUGUUCAGCUUCGUGCUGACUUUCUUCGCCUACAAUUGGUUUGCCCACGGCGGUAUUAAGCAUACCAUGAUCGUCAUUGGUAGCAUCCAAGUUGGCAUCUGCUUGUUGAGUGUGCCUAUGUAUAUCUUUGGGAAAUGGAACCGGUCGUUCUUUGCACGGCAUGAUAUCCUCGAGAUGCUUCAUCUCCGGUAA